UUAUUAAAAUUUGAUUUGAACCUCACGAUGCAAAGGCACACGCGAAUCCGCCCCGCAAUCGCUGUCGUCGAUUCUCCCAUCUCCACUAAAAGCAUCCGUUGGACGGCUGGAGUCAUUCCGGCGACUCGAGAACCGUCCGACGUGGACCACCAACGAACCGGGAAAUGCCCGCAUCUUCCAGAUUCUAUACUUCCGCCACGUGCUCCCUCGCCUCCGCCUCCGCCUCCUCCCGUUCCCCACCUCGCCGCCGCCGCGUCUCCCUCACGGGCCAGUCCCCGAGUACCCCCCUCACGCGCCACAGUCGAAACCAAAGCAGCUCGCGGUGGCCACACCCGGACCUCGGGCUCGACAUGGGGUUCCUGCUCGUGCGCAAGCCGCGUCCGAGGGACGAGAAGCCGGACCUGGUGAACUGGAUGCGGUGCUUCCUGUCGCAGCGUCUGUCUCAGCCCGCCGCGGCGGCGGAGGAGACCGCGAACGCGGAGGGUAAGGCCGCCGGGAGACGAGAGGAAGAGGAGGGUGGCGGGGAUGACGCUGACCACCUCGUCGUCAUGGUGAACGGGCUGUACGGGAGUUCUGCGGAUUGGAAGUUUGCAGCAGAGCAGUUUGUCAAGAGAUUGCCGGGAAAAGUCUACGUGCAUCGUAGUCAGAGCAAUUAUUCAAAAUUAACAUAUGACGGAGUUGACUUAAUGGGUGAAAGGCUAGCAGAGGAGGUUCGACAAGUUGUUCAGAGGAGAAGAAACUUGAGGAAAAUAUCUUUUGUUGCUCAUUCACUUGGCGGCUUAGUAACAAGAUAUGCAAUAGGAAAACUUUAUGAACCUGCCAUGGAUGAAACAUCUUCUUGUGACAUUGAUAAGCCUUCUGAUGAACAAAAUGUACGUGAUGUUGGUAAAAUAGCUGGUUUGGAACCAAUCAAUUUUAUUACAUCUGCUACACCUCACUUGGGCUCAAGGUUGAAUAAGCAACUUCCCUUCCUUUUUGGUGUCCCACUUUUGGAGAAAACUGCUGCAGGAACAGCACAUUUUAUAGUUGGAAGAACUGGUAAACAUCUAUUCCUUACAGACAAUGAUGAUGGGAAGCCUCCUCUUCUCCUACGAAUGGUUGAAGAUUGUGACGACGGGAAAUUCAUGUCUGCUUUGCGCUGUUUCAAGCGUCGUGUUGCCUAUGCUAAUGUAACAUAUGAUCAUAUAGUUGGUUGGAGAACAUCAUCGCUUCGACGUCAACAUGAAUUACCAAAACUCAAGCUAACAGCAAACGAUGAAAAGUAUCCUCAUAUUAUUAAUGUCGAUAAAGGAAAUCUAGAGGAUCAUCGGCAAGAGGGAUCUGUAGAAGAUUCACUGGCAGAUAGUUAUGAAGAGGUGAUGAUCCGUGGCCUUACACAAGUGGCCUGGGAACGUGUGGACGUAUGCUUUCAUAAGAGUUGGCUAAGAUACAACGCCCAUAAUAACAUCCAGGUUAGGAUCCAUCCAAUUAAUUCAGAUGGAGAAGACGUCAUAUACCAUAUGAUAGACAAUUUUGUAGUGUAGCCAAGUAGUCCGUCCGGUGAAUGCCAACUACUACGUAAAAGAUUACUGCUAUUUCCAGUGGAUUCGCCUUGAGAGGUCAUUAAUCUUUUACCAUGUGGGUUGCUAUGCACAACAGCUAGAUAAUUGGCAUCAAUCAGCACGUAACUCAUACGUGCUGCUAGGUGAUUCGAGCGUAGGACCUGUGCUUGUUGGUUGUUGCUGGCAAUGUAAAUAUAAGUGUUAGGUAAUGCAAAUAUUUGCAUGACAGUGCAUAUUCUUGUAAAUGGGAAUUUACCAUGUUAUUGGAAAUCCAAAGUUCAAACU